UCCAACCAUCAGAAUCAAGUCCAAGUAACAGGUGAAGCACGCGUGGCCAUCUCGCGCCGCGAUGGAUAUUCUUCAGCGCCUCGCGCGGUUCCUCGACCGCCCGCUCUUUCCGUGGAAGAAGCUGAUCAUUGGCGUGUCGGUUGCGCAAUACCUCUUUGAGAGUUUCCUGGGCUUUCGCCAAUACCGCGUUCUCCAAAGAACAAAGCCGCCCAAGGUGCUCGAACAUGAAGUGUCACAAGAGGUCUUCGACAAGAGCCAGGCUUAUGGACGGGCCAAGGCCAAGUUUUCCGCGCUCAACGGUCUUUACGGACAGAUCCAAAACAUUGCCAUCUACCACUUCGACCUGCUCCCCAAACUCUGGUCCUGGACAGGCGAUCUCCUCAUCCGCUUCGCACCGGCCCGCUUUACCGGCGAGAUAUCUCAUUCCAUUGUUUUCAUCUUGACUUUCAUGUUCAUCCAGCAGAUAUUCUCGCUACCGUCCAGCAUCUACCAAACUUUCGUUCUGGAAGAGAAAUUCGGAUUUAACAAGGAGACUCCGCAGCUGUUUGUCACAGAUAUGAUCAAGUCUAACCUUCUGGCCCUCGUCAUGGUCCCGCCUAUUCUUGCUGGUUUCCUAUCCAUCAUCAAGAAGACAGGCGGCAAUUUCGUCUACUAUCUCUGGAUGUUCGCUGGCGCUCUUCAGGUGUUCACCAUCACCAUCUAUCCUAUCCUCAUUCUUCCCCUGUUCAACAAGCUCUCCCCUCUCGAGGAGGGUAAGCUGAAGACGGAUGUUGAAGAACUCGCCAAGAAGCUCAAGUUCCCUCUUCACGAGCUGUUCGUUAUUGACGGCAGCAAGCGCAGCUCCCACAGCAAUGCGUAUUUCUACGGUCUGCCCUGGAAGAAGCACAUCGUCAUCUACGACACGCUGAUUGAGAAGAGCGAGCCCGAGGAGGUGGUGUCUGUGCUAGCCCAUGAACUCGGCCACUGGAGUUUGGGUCAUACCACCAAACUCUUCGGUAUUAGCCAGUUUCACCUGUUCUAUGUCUUUGCUCUUUUCUCAGCCUUUGUCGACAACAAGUCUUUGUACGCCGACUUUGGCUUCACCAAGCAGCAUCCCAUCCUUGUGGGAUUCCUUCUUUUCAUGGACGUUAUCGGAAUCGUGGACAAUGUUGUCAAGCUGCUGAUGCACAUUUUGAGCCGCCGAUUUGAGUUCCAGGCCGACGCUUUUGCCAGCAAGCUCGGUUAUAGCGCCGGGCUUUGCAGGUCCUUGAUCAAGCUGCAAAUUCAGAACUUGAGCACGAUGGAUGCGGACUGGAUGUUUGCCACCUAUCACUUCUCCCACCCGAUUUUGUCGGAACGGCUGAAGGCGCUCAACUGGCAGCCCACGGAGAAGGUGGAGACUAAGGGGAGCGGGAAGGAAGAGGCCGUGGCCUCGAACGUCGCGACUGCGACUGGCCGGGAUGAGCUAUAGAUGGUGG